CGUCCAAUCUUAAUCUAACAACAACCGAUAUUCCAACAACACAAGAAAGAAUGGGUUGGUGAGAUGGUAGAUGGGGAUACCAUUUUGGUGCAAUAGUAAUUUUCUCAAUCGGUAGGUGGCUUUCCCAUUCAUGCGGGGUAAUUUUCUCUUUAUAGUCAAACACUCGUUGACUAUAUCACACUUACCAUUUUCUACCUCUCAUUGUGGCAUUGUAUCCUAUUUCCUCCAUUCUCUUCAUACUCUUACUUACAGCAUUUUUAGUUUUUUACAUCAAAUGGCAUCCGCUGCUGCUGCUGCUGACAUACCAAAUGAACAGGAUGUUCUUGGAGAAGAGAUAGAUCAUGUAAGAGUAAUCACUUUGAACAGACCAAAACAAUUGAAUGCUAUCUCACCUAACCUGGUUUUUCUGCUAGCACAAUAUUUGGAAAAAUGGGAGAAAGAUGACAAAGCUGAGCUAAUCAUCUUGAAGGGAGCUGGUAGGGCUUUCUGUGCCGGAGGGGAUUUGAGAGUAUUCUAUGGUGGCAGGAAAACAAAGGAUUCAUGCCUUGAAGUGGUCUACAGAUUUUACUGGCUUUGCCAUCACAUUAGUACCUAUAAGAAAACUCAGGUUGCUCUUGUUCAUGGAAUCUCAAUGGGUGGAGGAGCAGCUUUGAUGAUUCCUUUGAAAUUUUCAGUUGUAACAGAAAAAACAGUUUUCGCCACUCCUGAAGCAAGUUUUGGAUUUCAUACUGAUUGUGGCUUCUCAUAUUACCAUUCUCGUUUGCCAGGGUAUUUAGGUGAAUACUUGGCGCUUACCGGAGCAAGGUUGAAUGGAAAGGAAUUAGUUGCAGCUGGACUCGCAACACAUAUAGUCUCUUCUGAGAAAAUUGUUGAGCUAGAGAAGCGCUUGAUCAGCUUAAAUUCUGGAGAUGUGAAUGCUGUGAGAUCAGUUAUUGAAGAAUUUUCUUCAGAAGUUAAACUUGAUGAAGAGAGUAUCUUAAACAAGAAAUCAGUAAUUGAUGAGUGCUUCUCAAAGGAUUCUGUUGAAGAAAUUAUAAAAUCACUUGAAGUUGAAUCAAGCAAGGAAGGAAAUGGAUGGUUAGGUCCAGCUUUAAAAGGACUGAAAAGGUCAUCACCUACUGCAUUGAAAGUAGCAUUAAGAUCAGUUCGCGAAGGAAGGAAUCAAUCACUAUCUGAAUGUCUAAAAAAGGAAUUCAUAUUAACAAUGAAUAUACUCCGAACUACGAUAUCUGAGGAUAUGUACGAGGGUAUUAGAGCUCUCACCAUUGACAAGGACAAUGCUCCAAAGUGGGAUCCUCCAUCACUUGACAAAGUAGAUGAUGAAAAAUUGGACUUAAUCUUUAAGCUAUUUGACAAGGAAUUGGAGCUUCAGAUUCCAGAAAGUGUGGACUCUAGGUGGGAUGGUAAAUAUGAAAAUUCAGUUUAUGCUGCUGUUCCAAACAGAGAAACACCAAUACCAUCUUAGACAUUGCUUUCUUUGAAUAAUUUAUAUAAUUAACAAGAGGUUUGAAAUAGUACUAGAAAAAGCCUUCCAUGCUUGUUAUUACUACUGGUUUGAAGUAUUAUGGUGAAGAAAUAAAAUGUUUCUUGUAGUUUUAAGAGGGAAACAAUCACUCAAACGUAUUGUUUGAAUUUAUUUAUUUGUGUUUAUUUACUGACAUAAUCAUUUGUGAGAUUAUAUGAAGAAAUAAUAUUACUUUAUUUUAUUUUUUGUAAUUGAAAUUGAUAAGAGAUGAAAUCGACGAUUUUCUGAUUUUUCAGCUGCUACGGCUGCUGUAGCAAGCAA